UUGGAGAGUGCUAUCCAACUCCCAUUACUAUUUUCAGUCGCACUGGUUCUUGCCCUUGUUUGGGGAGAAUCUCUCAAUUACUACUAUUGGAGACUUUUCUGGAAUAUUCCUCAACCAAACUCUUCGGAAUCUUUGGGAGCACUCAUUGUGGCGGAUCCUCAGUUAGUUGGUUUCAGAAAUGAGAAUCACAUGAUUGGUCCGCUGACGAGAUGGGACUGCGAUAGAUUUCUUUCAAAAGGAUUUUCACACGCCGUGUCCGCCACAAAUCCCGAUGUGAUUGUGUUUCUUGGCGAUUUAUUCGACGAAGGUGUUGAGGCUAGUGAAUCCGAAAUUGAGUGGACGUUGUCACGAUUGAAAAACAUAUUCAAUUCUCAGUUUCCUGUAAGUUUUGUUUUAGGCUAA